AUGUCAACGCAAGCUCAUCCAUUGAGUGAGGUCCCGAUUCUGGGGUCUUCACAAAGUGCUGUCAUUCUAGCACUCGCCAUUAGUGUCGUAAUCACGCUCGCUAUUCGUCUCUCGCCCUCUUCUUCCAAGGGAGGUGUUUACGAUCUGGGUGGCAUUCCAAUCCUCGCCGCGUGGCCGUUCUUUACGAAGCGGUACGAUUUUCUUCGGAAUCACUUUGCCUCUGGAAAGAGAUAUUUCCAGUUCCAUGUUCUCCAACACCGGGUCGUUGCAAUUUCUGGCGAGGAGGCACGAAAGAUGUUCUUCAAUGAAAAGGGCCUUGGCCUCGAUGAAGGCUAUCGAAUUUUGAUGGGUGGAGCUCCCAAUAUUGACGAUAUUAGCGUUCAGCCCAAGGAAGGCCGGGUGAAAGACGCCGAGCUUGUCAAGCGAAUGGCGGUGCUCUUUCGGAAGGACCGAGUCGUAGAAGGUACGGAUCGUACAGACCGGCGGAUGAUGCGACUAACUUUUCUUCAUCCAGUGCUACCAGUACUCUUCGACGAUGUUCAUCGUAGAAUGAAUGAUUGGGGCAAUGAGGGCACCAUCAACCCUUUCAAGGAAUUGUAUGACCUUGUCUUUCAAAUGACCGUCCGGAUGGGGGCUUGUCGAGAAUUGGCAGACGACAAGGACGCCAUCGAGCGCCUCACACAGCAUUACUGGAAUAUUGAGAAGAACGCUACACCUACGGUUCUAUUGCUUCCAUGGCUGCCCAGUCCCGCGAAGAAAACUCAGGAAAAAGCGACAAGGGAACUCUUCACAAUGUUAUACAACUAUGUCUAUCUCCGACGCAAUGCACCAACUCCGUCUACCGACCCGAUUGACCUUCUUGUUGCAUAUGGUGAUUCCAAUGAAGCAAUUGUCAGCGUUGUUAUGAGCAUUAUAUUCGCAGGCGUGAUCAACACGGGUGCUGGUUCCUGUUGGAUUCUGCUCCACCUUGCCUCCCAUCCUCAAUGGAAAGAUAAGGUAAUCAACGAACUGAAAGCCCUUGUUGCAAACCACACGAACGGGACAUCCAAAGAACCGCUGCAUAAGCAACUCGCGGCGAUCCCCUUACACGCAUGGGAGGAGGAAUUACCCGCACUUGAACUUGUCAUUCGCGAGACUGUCCGGCUUACUAUGUCUAUGACUUCUCUGCGGCGGAAUCUGGGGAAAGAUAUCCCUUUAGCCGAUACUAUUAUCAAAAAAGGCGACUUUCUCGCUUAUUGUAAUGGUGACGCCCACAUGAACCCCAACAUCUACACCGACCCUGAAAAGUUUGAUCCUGAGAGAUACAGCGAGGGAAGAGAAGAGGAUCGGAAAGAAACGUUCGCCUAUUUGGCGUGGGGUGUUGGUCGUCACCCCUGCGUUGGUGUCAGAAUUGCGAAAAUGGAGAUGAAGCUGCUCACUGCCUUGAUUCUCCUCGGGUAUGAAUACGAAUUGGUGGAUGGAGCUGGCAACCGUCUUGAGAAGGUGCCGCUGCAAGAUCGUAAUGAUAUCCAACAGGCCAGGCCGCUCAGUCCCUGUUACCUAAAAUUCAAGCGGGUAAUGGAAUAA